AUGCUCUCGGCCACUUUCAGGAACAAGGUCGCCAGAUCUUCUUUAGUUCACUCUCAGCCCGUUAAGACAGCCGCUACUUCCUCCCUCUUCGCCCACCUAGCAGAGCCAGCACAACUCGCAACCUCAGGCUAUGGGCGUACCAUUGGUCAACAGAGGCAAUUGAUGAUCAGCUCUCGCAGGAUCUUGAACCGAUACCUCGUCUCCAGCAGGUCUGCAGGAUCCACCGCCACAACCGCCAACACCCUUCUCGCGCCCCAGAUUAUACCCAAACCAGGGUCCUCAGUAGUAACCCUACAUUCUAGAUGUUUCUCAAUUGACACUGCCCGUCCACGAGGAGGGGGACUUACCUUUCUGGGACGACCACAGCUCCCCCACCUGCAACAACACGUUUCCCGGUUUCACGCCUCCAGGACGAACCAGGUGCCUCUCCCGAUCCUGCCGGCGGCUAUUUUUACGCUCAAAACACCAGUGACAGCACUGGUCCUGCGGAUGAUCUCUCGUGUGUCAUUAACGCUCUUGCCUCUCUCGGCCAAACAGUCGCCCAAGGUCAUCCUAACCCUCGUCCUGAUCCCUCCCGUCUGCUUUGGACUGGUGAUCUUUGCUGGGCUGGAGGCGGCACCCAACACGGGGCGGUGGCGGUUCCUGUUCACGAACGAGGAGGAAGAGUUGGAGAUGUUGCAGGAUGAGAUCCCACAGUUCCUCAGCUCGAUUGCGACAAUUCAGGACGAGAACGAUCCCAGGGUCCAUUUGGUCAAGCACAUUUUACAAAACCUAUUGAGCUCCUCAGUCGAGCAGGAUGGAUCCACGCUGAGGACAGGCAUUGUGGAGAGAUUGGAGAAGAGACAUGCAGAGGCACAGGAGAGACUGAAGGUUGUACAACAACAGCAACAGCAACAGCAACAGGGGACAUUGCCGGGAGAUUCUCAGGAUUCGACAACGACAACACCAGUCGCCAAGGCCAUUGUUUCGACGCAGUCGCCCUUUAUCCCCACCACAGGCACCAUUCUCCCUCCUUCACCACAAGUGUUGCAGGCAGAAGAAGAGGAUCCAGAACUUAAGGAAAUGACCUUUGACGAGCGACCUUUCCAGAUCUUUGUUGCCGAAGACGAUGCCAUCAACGCAUUCUCAUUAGGGCCUCCCCGACUGAUUUUUAUCAACUCUGGACUUAUGGACUGGCUGGAGAACGAUGAAGAUCUUAUUGCGGCCGUUGUGGCGCAUGAGUUGGCGCAUGUGAUCCAGAGACAUACUAUGGAGACUCAUGGUCGUGAGACGGUCAUGUUGUUCCUAGCCGAUUUGGUGCGGAGUGCGCUGUGGACUGUGUCGAUCCCGCUGGGACCAUGGUUCAACUCUUGGGUGGACGAGAUGACCAACAAUCUUUUGCACUUUACCGCGUCAGGACCACUUCAUCAGACGAUUGAGGUCGAGGCCGAUACGGUGUCGUUGACACUUAUGGCCCUGGCGGGAUACGAUCCCAUGCACGCGGUCAGGCUGUGGGAGCAAUGGGCAGACAAGGAUCAGAGGGAGAUGGCCGAGGAAGACUCCGUGGAGGUACACAAAUGGACCGACUGGAUGUACGACCACCCACCUUCGGCAGAGCGUGCAAGAUACCUUAAAGAAGCUGUGAUGCCUGCCAGAGAUAUGUGGGAAAAGGUGUUGAAGCGCAAGAAGGCGCCGAUGAGGAGAUUCAUGUCGCUGGACAAUCGGCUCAAGACCCAUGUGGACGAAGAUGGGGACUUGACGGAAGGAACAGUGCAGGAUGUCAUGGAGACCAUGGAUGAACUGUUGAAGAAGCAGGAGGAAGAAGAGGAGGAGGAGCGGAGACAGAAAGGGUUCAGGGGGACAGUUCGGCGGUGGGCUAGUUGGCGGCCGUGGGGUCACUCCGAUGUGGACGUGAAUGUGGGAUCGAAUGAACCUGCAAAGGCGGCAUAG